AUGGAGGCCCAUGCCAGUAUUCCUAAACACUCCGGUCUUCCUCUGCAUGCUGCUGUCGGUCAGAGUGGAGACACAGACCACGUUUCCAACAUCUCAGGAGCCGGCAUGGUGACCCUGGAUGUGUUAAUAAUUGGGGGCGGCCCUCAUGCCUUGACCUUGGCCAGCUUGCUACUGAGUCCUGAGCCAGAAUCAGACCCUGGACAUGACUCACCGCUCCCCCCCUCCAGCUCGGACCCUCCGAGGCCUCGGUCCCACCCGCCAACUUCCAGCAACAGAUCCUGCAGUGGCAAGAAGAAGAGGAAGGCAACAGCUGGGCUGAGAGUGGAGGAAUCAGAGAGGCUGGUUUCCCCCCCGCUGAGUCUCCGAGCCGUGGACUCGUAUGGGGAGUGGACGGCUCUGUGGGAGAGGCAGUUCACAGCUCUGAGCAUCCCUCACCUGCGCUCACACACACUGGUGCACACUGACCCUCUCAACAAGAAAGCCCUGCAGGAGUUUGUUCUGAAGUCUGAUCGUUCAUCAGAGCUGCACAGUCUCCCAGACCAGGUUUAUAUUCUGGAUGAAAAUGCUUUUUUCAAUGACACGCGACUUGGCAAGAAGGAGAAGAGACGACUGAACAUCACCUCCACACUGAAGAAGAGUUUAUCCUUCAGUCUGCCGGGAACCAAACUGAGUGUUGACUUCUUUAGAGAUCAGGUGGAGAGAUACAACUUGGGCAAAGUGCUGGUAAAGGGAACGGUGGAGCGCAUCAUCCCUGUCGUCGAGCACAUGGAAGAAGAGGAGGACUUGAAGUACUUUCAAGUCCAUCUUCAGGAGGGCAUCGUCCUAAAAGCUCACCAGGUCGUUAUGGCAACAGGACCAACACGGGCCCACAUGGUAAACAUCCCCUCAUGGGUGAAAAACAUUGGAGAGAGUUACCCAGAGGAGCGGUUGCUGCACACAGUGCAUCUCAUGCACCAUCCGCCAAAAUCUAAGCACGAAGAAGAACAGACAGACACUUCUCCCUCUCAAGUGUGUCAGAGAGGGCAGAGAGUAAUGGUAGUUGGUGGAGGUCUGACCAGCGCCCAUGUCGUCUCACUUGCCCUGCAGCAAGGGGCCAGCCAUGUGACAUGGGUCAUGAGGAAGCACCUGCAGUUAAAGCAAUUUGACGUGGGCGACGUGGAGAGCCUGGUGGGGCGUUACUCUCACGUGGAGCACGGCAUCAAGAUGGAUGGACAAGCAUACCUACGACAGUUCUAUAACGAACGGAGCCUCCACAAACGACUGGCUAUGAUCCGCCAGGCACGGAAGGGAGGGGCCGUCACCCCCGAGGCCUACAUCCACCUACAGCCGUUCAUACUGAGUGGACAGGUGGACGUCAAGACAUACUGUCAGGUGAGUGAGGCCAGCUGGUGCUACAGGGGCCAGGCCUGGAGUCUGACUCUUAGCACAGGGGACCACUGGACCGGAGAUAUGAUCUGGCUCGCCACCGGCUGCAAACUUGACGUGAGACAGGACCUGUUGCUUUCCGAGGUGAUGAAGGAAUUCCCAAUUCAGGUGAUGGACGGGUGGCCGUGCAUAUCAGACAGCCUGCAGUGGGCAGACGGGUGCCCGCUCUAUCUGAUGGGACAGUACACUGCUCUUCAGGUUGGACCUCACGCACUGAACCUGGCUGGUGGACAGGCUGCCAGCAGGAGAAUCGCCAAGGACAUCAUGCGCCAUCGACACCCGUACGUUGGAGAUGCAUCUGAGGAGAAAUCGAAAACCGAGGAGUAUAUUCAACAAAUGCACGGCCUGUUAUGGCUCUGA